CGGUUCCUCCCAUCAGCCUCACAGUUCCGAGGGAAAGCUUUUUCUUCUCAGAGCGGCAGCGGAGAUUUUUCUGACUGCACACGCCGGAUAUUCAUCACAUUAAAAAAAACGAGAGAAAGACGCACACUUCCCCGGGUCGUGUAUCCCUCCUCGUUCCACCUCUCCUCUUUAGGCCGUCGUUGGUUCUUUUUUUUUCUUCUUUUUUUUUUUCUACCCCCAGUCUUAGUUGUAUGCUUACAUCUGACAUUUUUUCCACAGGACUUGCGAGUAUCUCUGUGGCGCACUCAGGUUUGGGUGGGCUGACAUGGUAGAUUAUCACACCGCUAAUAACCAAACCUCGACCGGAGGCGUGCAAAUCUACAUGGAGCAAGAGAACGACUGGGACCGGGACCUGCUGCUAGACCCGGCAUGGGAGAAACAGCAGAGGAAGACGUUCACGGCGUGGUGCAACUCCCACCUGAGGAAGUCCGGCACGCAGAUCGAAAACAUCGAGGAGGACUUCAGGGAUGGGCUCAAACUCAUGCUGCUGCUGGAGGUCAUCUCAGGCGAACGGUUACCCAAACCUGAGCGAGGAAAGAUGAGGGUGCACAAGAUCAACAAUGUUAACAAAGCCCUGGACUUCAUCGCCAGCAAAGGAGUCAAGCUGGUCUCUAUUGGAGCCGAGGAAAUCGUGGACGGAAACGCCAAGAUGACCCUGGGAAUGAUCUGGACCAUCAUCCUCCGCUUCGCCAUCCAGGACAUCUCCGUAGACGAAACUUCUGCGAAGGAGGGUCUCCUCUUGUGGUGCCAGAGGAAGACCGCUCCCUACAAGAAUGUCAACGUGCAGAACUUCCACAUCAGCUGGAAGGACGGUCUCGCCUUCAACGCUCUGAUCCACCGACACAGACCGGAUCUCAUCGAUUACGACCGUCUCAGAAAGGACGACCCGGUGACCAAUCUGAACAACGCCUUCGAGGUGGCUGAGAAGCACCUGGACAUCCCCAAGAUGUUGGACGCAGAAGACAUCGUGGGUACGCUGCGGCCGGAUGAGAAGGCCAUAAUGACCUAUGUAUCCUGCUUCUAUCACGCCUUCUCUGGUGCACAGAAGGCCGAGACAGCCGCCAAUCGCAUCUGCAAAGUGCUGGCUGUCAACCAGGAGAAUGAGCUAAUGAUGGAGGACUACGAGAAGCUGGCCAGCGAGCUGCUGGAGUGGAUCCGUCGCACCAUCCCCUGGCUGCAGAACCGGACCCAGGAGAAGACCGUGAACGACAUGCAGGCGAAGCAGGAGGACUUCAGGGACUACCGCUGUGUCCACAAACCACCUAAGGUCCAGGAGAAAUGCCAGCUGGAGAUCAGCUUCAACACUCUGCAGACUAAACUGAGACUCAGCAACAGGCCGGCCUUCAUGCCAUCAGAGGGACGCAUGGUGUCUGACAUCAACGGAGCGUGGCACACUCUGGAGGGAGCGGAGAAGGGCUACGAGGAGUGGAUCCUCAGCGAGAUCAGGCGCCUGGAGAGGCUGGAGCACUUGGCCGAGAAGUUCCACCAGAAGGCAGCCAUCCACGAGUCCUGGACUGACGGUAAGGAGGCCAUGCUGACGCAGAAGGACUACGAGACCUCCACCCUGUCGGAGGUCAAGGCGUUGCUACGAAAACACGAGGCCUUUGAGAGCGACCUGGCAGCCCAUCAGGACCGAGUGGAGCAGAUCGCCGCCAUCGCACAGGAACUCAACGAGCUGGACUACUACGACUCAGCCAGCGUCAACGCUCGCUGUCAGAAGAUCUGCGACCAGUGGGACACCCUGGGAGCCUUCACCCAGAGCCGCAAAGAGUCCCUGGAGAGGACAGAGAAGCAGCUGGAGUCGAUAGACGAGCUGUACCUGGAGUACGCCAAGAGGGCGGCGCCCUUCAACAACUGGAUGGAGGGAGCGAUGGAGGACCUGCAGGACAUGUUCAUCGUCCACAAUAUCGAGGAGAUCCAGGGUCUCAUCACAGCCCACGAGCAGUUCAAGUCCACCCUGGCGGAGGCCAACAAGGAGCGGGAGGCCAUCCAGGCCAUCCAGGCCGAGGUGCAGAAGAUCGCCCAGAGCAACGGCAUCAAGCUGAGCGGAGCCAACCCCUACACCACCAUCACACCCGAGAGCAUCGACGGCAAGUGGGAAAAGGCGAUGGCCAUGGUGCCGCUGCGUGACAACGCCCUGCAGGACGAGCUCAACAAGCAGAACUCCAACGACACACUGAGAGCCAAGUUCGCCACCCAGGCCAACACGGUCGGCGCCUACAUACAGGCCAAGAUGGAGGAAAUCGGCAGGAUAUCCAUCGAGAUGAACGGCACCCUGGAGGACCAGCUGACCAACCUGAAGGAGUAUCAGUUGACCAUCAUGUCGUACAUGCCCGAAAUCAACACGCUGGAGGGGUACCAUCAGCUCAUCCAGGAGGCCCUCAUCUUCGACAACCAGUACACCUCCUACACGAUGGAGCACCUCCGCGUGGGCUGGGAGCAGCUGCUGACCACCAUCGCCAGAACCAUCAACGAGGUGGAGAACCAGAUCCUGACGCGUGACGCCAAGGGCAUCAGCCAGGAGCAGCUCUACGAGUACCGCGCCUCCUUCAACCACUUUGACAAGGACCACAGCGGGGCGCUGAUGGCCGAGGAGUUCAAGGCCUGCUUGAUCAGCCUGGGCUACGACGUGGAGAACGAAAAGCAGGGAGACAGCGAGUUUACUCGCAUUAUGGGCAUAGUGGACCCCAACGGCAGCGGCGCUGUGACCUUCCAGGCCUUCAUCGACUUCAUGUCCAGGGAAACGACCGACACGGACACCGCGGACCAGGUCAUCGCCUCCUUUAAGAUCCUGGCCGCUGAUAAGAGCUUCAUCACAGCCGAGGAGCUGAGGAGGGAGCUCCCCCCCGACCAGGCAGAGUACUGCAUCGCCCGCAUGGCGCCCUACUCGGGAGCCGACGCCGUCCCCGGCGCCCUGGACUACAUGUCCUUCUCCACCGCCCUAUAUGGAGAGAGUGACCUGUAGAGCAGGCAAGAGGAAGAGGAGGAGGAAGAGGGCUGGACAGGAGGAGAGUGUCAUUCUGUGCAUAGCGAAGACGCCUGAGAAUCGAGCGUCUGUAACCAAUUGGAGUGGUGGUCGUGAGGUGCCCCUGCGUGUGCCGGUUUAGAAAUCUUCUGAAUAUUUUUUUUUAAAGAACGCUGAUACUUGUUGAUUGAACUGUAGUUAGGAUUGGCCUCUGUCGAAUGUCUCUUUUCACCGCCUCCGUAAACGGAUUGAGAGUAAUCAAUUUGUCGUAGAAAGGUUCUUAUGAACGGGCAUAUCCAGGAGCAGCUGUGGGUCAUGUGGGAGGGGGGGGCAGUUCCUCUGGUGUGGGGUCCUUCAGCUUCACCCUCUCUGCCUUUUUGUGGGAUCAAACCGGGGCACGAGCUAAUCUGAUACUCAUGCUAAUUCUUUGUUUAUUUUAUUAUAAUUUCUUUCUUCUUGCGAGGCGGGGUCAGGGCGUGGUGUGGGGUCUUGACAUGGCGACUGGCGAUGUUUGUGUAUUAGAUCCUAGAGAGAUAUCUGCUGUGGGAGGGGGGGGGUGGAGUAAUGAUCAACCAGAGAUGGAAAAAAGACAUAUUUAACCAUAAUUCCCAUGUUGCUGGAUAAGGUAACCUGUCUAACCUCAGCGCUUUUUUUUUCUUUCUUCUCCUGUCUGUUUAUUUCUUUUUUUAAUUAUUUUUUUUACAUUUUUCUUUUGUUUCUUCCCGGGAGCAGGUGGGUGGAGUUUGCAUGGGGAUGGUGGUUGGUGGCGGGUGUAAGGGGCUGGGGGGGGGCUCAGCGCUGUACAUACUUAUUUUUUUCAGUGCGGAGGGUGGCACACACGGUCCCGGUAGUCGAGAGUAAUCGAUCGCAAGCUUUCCAGUAAGUGAGUGACAUUUAUUAUUAAAAAAAAUAAUUAAAAUAAAAUGACAAACGCAAGCAAUUAAAAAAAAAAAAAUUACAAAAAAAGAAAACGCAACACAGAGCAGUUUCAACAGUGGAUAGGUUUGAGCUUCCAGAAGUCUUUUCUUUUGCAAUGGAAAAAGUUGGUCGCCGUGACGUUUAAGGCUUGCGUACCUAAAGGCCUUCUCCUGUACAAAACCCACGACGGGCAAACAACCAUAGUUAUCCACUAAUAUUUGCUUCUGUGAAACUAUUCUCCUGGCGUGGGCUUCAGGUGCUUAUUUAAAUACAAAAAGACUAUACAUUUAUAUGAUAGGUAGGGUUGUAGUAGUCAAAGUUAGACCAGUUUUAUAUACCGGAAAUCGCGCACAGAUGCAGAAAUACACACACACACAUACACACAUGUCAUGGAUGCAUCUGAUUGGCUGAGUGAAGGUUUCUUUGCACUUCCUGGAUUUUUUGGUUUUUUUUUUUUUUUGAGCUGCCAUAGUGCCACUCUGUGGAGGUAAAAAUGGAAAAACUGGAAGAAAUCAAAUAAAUAUGCCUAUUGGUGGUCACAGCUCUGUCUCUCUCUCUCCCACGUUCUCCCCCUCUUUUCUUACAUCCCAUCAUUUGUCGCUAAAGAAAAGGGAAAGAAAGUGUGAACGAGGAGGAUGGAUCAGGGAGGGGUCUUUGUGUAAACAUUUCAUCCUGUGCAAAUGAAAAAUAUUCACACAAAAAAGAGGAAAUUGUGUUUAAAAAAACCUAUGCAAUCAUAAUAGCAAAGUUCUAAGGGACGUCGUGGACAUCAAUCGGGCCCUUUUCUGACAAAGUUCCCUGACUAAAUUAAUCGGAGGUUAACGAGAUUUCUCCAGUGUUGGUUGGCUGUUGAGGGCGCGAGUGGGAGACAGACGGAGUGACAGACAGACGGAGUGACAGACAGACGGAGUGACAGACAAGGAAAGCAAUUGAGAAGAAAAGACUCGGACCAAAAACUUGUUUCCAUUUUUUGUCUUAUUUCUCUCCCCCUCCCCCCUGCGAUGUUGGAGAGAAAUUUAACUCUGGAAUUGUGAUUUUCUUUUUCUCCUUUUUUUUGUACUCUUUAAUAUCAAACCUUAUCUGCUGUACUGGAAACUGCAACGCCUUCUGUCUCUAAUGAUAAGUGAGUUUCACAAAAGCACACAUAAACGUUUCCUUACAAAAUA